AAAUUUAUAUUGUAUGUUAGGUCUAUCUUAUACCUUGUUUGUGGUAAUAACUUUGUGAUUUUGUUAUCAUUAAUUGCACAAAUUUCGCAAAAACAAAAGAAAGAUGUCACUUCUUAAGUUUAACAGGAAUUUAUUUGCUAUUCUUAAAGUCCAAAGAUGUCAUGUCCACAGUAUGUUGCAAAUAUGUAAUGAUAAUUCUGAAACUAUUGUUGGAAAACAUGUAAAAGUACAGGGUUGGGUUUAUGCACUGAGAAAGAUGAAAAAUAGUAUUUUUAUUGAUAUUAUGGAUGGAUCAACUCCUAAUAUGUUCCAACUUGUUGUAUCAAAAUCAAAUAAACCAGACAAAUUAAGCUUUGGAAGUAGUAUUAAGGCAGAAGGAAAAUUAGCCUUAAAUCCAAAUGGUAAAGUUGAACUACAUACAGAUAAUAUCGUUGUAAUUGGUAUGUGUGAUGUUAUGGAUGGAUAUCCUUUUGCUCCAAGAAAACUGUAUCAUAUGGAUUAUGUUAGACAGUUUCUUCAUUUAAGACCAAGAAUUAGAACAUUUUCAUCUUUAUUAAGGAUACGUGAUAUGACAUCUGCAACUAUUGAAAAUUAUUUGAGGAGUAAAGGUUAUAUUCAUAUACAUACACCAAUUUUAACUUCAAAUGACUGUGAAGGAGCUGGUAAAUUAUUUUUAGUUAAGCCAGAUUGUAAAGAUCUAUUAAAAUCAAUGAAAAGGGAAGGUAUAGAGGAAGAAGAAUCCUUUUUUAAUACUAAAUCUUUUUUAACAGUAUCAGGACAAUUACAUUUAGAAGCUGCUGCCAGAACAUUUACAAAAGUGUAUACCUUUGGACCAGUAUUCAGAGCUGAAAAUUGUAAAGCAAGAUUACAUUUAGCUGAAUUUUAUAUGUUAGAAACUGAAUUAGCAUUUAUUAAUAGUAUUGAUAAUAUAAUGAUUGAAGUUGAAUCAUUAAUAAAAUAUGUGGUUAAAGAUAUACUUGUAAAAUGUGCUUCAGAUAUACAUGCAAUAGGUGGUUGUGAGGUACAGUGGUUGGAUAAAAAAUUUGCAUGUAUAACGUAUGAUGAAGCAAUUAAUAUUUUACAAAAUAAUACAAGUUGCUUAGAGAUUCCUAUUAAAUACGGAGCAAACCUAUCUAAAGAGCAUGAAUUGUUUCUAGUGAAACAUAACGAUAAUAUUCCCAUAUUUAUUACAAAUUGGCCAAAAGAAAUGAAACCUUUUUAUGUGAAAGAAUGUAAAGAUAAUUCUUCAAAGGUUGAUGCAAUAGAUCUUUUAGUACCUACUGUAGGGGAGUUAGUAGGAGGCAGUAUACGUGAAGAUGAUUAUGAAAAGUUAAAGUUAAAGUUACCCUUAAUGUCUAAUCUUUCUUGGUACUUAGAACUUCGAAAAUAUGGUAAUGUUCCAACUGGGGGUUUUGGAAUGGGGUUUGAAAGAUUUUUACAAUUUAUUUUUAAUAUACCAAAUAUUAAGGAUACAAUCCCUUUCCCAAGGUGGCCCCAUAAUUGUAGCUUAUAAAUAGAAAUCUCAAGACCUAUUGUCUACAUGGUUAUCCCAUAACAAAAUAUAUAAAUAUACAUAUAAUUAUUGUAUGCAAUUAAAGUAUUUAAAAAUAAAUUUUCUUUUAGGGAAAACGUAAACAAACAUUUAUAUGGAAUAAUCAGUGUAGAAAACUAUUUUAGAAAUUUAUUAGUUUUUUAUUAUGCUCUCAACGUCAAAUAUUACAAAAUUAUUAGAUUAAGUAUAAGGAGAAAACAGUAACAUCAAAUCAGUUUUUUUUUUCUAAAAAUAAGAUUUAUUGAAUACCGAAACAGAUCUCAACUAAAGAGUAACUUUUUAUUAAUACUUGUUUAUUUCUUCAAAUAUUUUUAUAGUUAAAAAUUUAAAUUUCUAAAGUUCUUCAGCAAUAGCGAUUAUCAUAAGGGAUAUUUUAGAGAGGUAAAUUUAGUAGGAUCAUAAAUAAGCAACCAAAGGACGUCAGACCCCGAAUGAUUAACAAGAUUUUUUUUUUAUACAACAAAAUAAUUCUUCUCUAGUAGUAACUGUUCUUCUUUACCCAAUAUCGUCGGGAUUAAUUUUAUGUUGGUAUUAUGUACAUUAUAAUCAACAAUUUUAUAUCACACAAUUUGUACACCUAACUAAAUUGGGUAAUCUUCCAUCAUUUCUACGGGACCUCGUUUUCGUGCUUUGUAAAAUCAAAUUGGGGAUGAUGCUUCUAGAAAACAAUAUAUCGAAUACCAUUCAAAUGUUUUUACAAAGUACAAACGGUAUGAAAUUCUCAGUUAGUCUUGUGCAUAUCAGUAUUACAUUCCUGACACUUCUCUGUCACGAAACACGAUUGCACUCGAUAUUAUUGGGAAUGCUACUAUAUCAUAUCUCGCUUCUAGUUAGACUGUUUCGAUUACAUUAAAUAUGUACAGUUUUUGUUCUCUUUU